GCUGCGCCGGGCCGGGCCGGGGCGGGCCGCCCGCGGGGAUGCAGUGGGCCAUGGGCCGGCGGUGGGCGUGGGUCGCGCUGAUGCUGGCGGUCGCCGCGGUGCUCGCCCAGGUCGUGUGGCUCUGGCUUGGUACGCAGAGCUUCGUCUUCCAGCGCGAGGAGAUCGCGCAGCUGGCGCGGCAGUACGCGGGGCUGGACCACGAGCUGGCCUUCUCUCGGCUGAUCGUGGAGCUGCGGCGGCUGCACCCAGGCCACGUGCUGCCCGACGAGGAGCUGCAGUGGGUGUUCGUGAACGCCGGCGGCUGGAUGGGCGCCAUGUGCCUUCUGCACGCCUCGCUGUCCGAGUACGUGCUGCUCUUCGGCACCGCCCUGGGCUCCCGUGGCCAUUCGGGACGCUACUGGGCUGAGAUUUCUGACACCAUCAUCUCUGGCACCUUCCACCAGUGGAGAGAGGGCACCACCAAAAGUGAGGUCUUUUACCCAGGGGAGACAGUUGUGCACGGGCCUGGAGAGGCAACGGCUGUGGAGUGGGGGCCAAACACAUGGAUGGUGGAGUACGGCCGGGGUGUCAUCCCGUCUACUCUGGCAUUUGCACUGGCUGACACUGUCUUCAGCACCCAGGACUUCCUCACCCUCUUCUACACCCUUCGAUCCUAUGCCCGGGGCCUCCGGCUUGAGCUUACCACCUACCUCUUCGGCCAGGACUCCUGACCAGUCAGGCCUGAAGGAAGACCUGUGGAUGGACAGGAGCGGGCAGGCCCGUAUACAUCCACUUGCUGGAGCCCAUGUGCACAGACAGGGUUAUACACCAUUACAGAUAAUGAGUUCCUGCUGUAUGAGGAGGGACAUAUAUGCUUUUACUUCUAGACACACAGAGCUCCUUGGGAACAAAUGAAAUAUAUAGAGAUGCUAAGACCUGUGUGUACUGCAGGAUCAUCACUCAUGUCCAUCUAGUGAGGGUCCCCCGUGUAUAUACCAGGGGAACCAGUCAUUGUUGAAUAUACAUUUCACAAGCUUGACUCACUAACUCAGGCCUUUUCAGAGUUUCCUGCCAGCAUUCAUGGCUCUGAGGUUAAGGGUGGGGAUGGGUAUGACACUCUGCUUCAGUCUGACUCCUCAGCCCAGCAGUCAUUUUGGGAGUGAGGGAGAGGAGGAGCUGCCCUUUGGAGUCCCCCUUCACCUGUGGCUAUGAUGCUCUUCCCCUUCAUCUUCCCUGUCCUCACCAUAUGCCUUAUCUCCAUUCCAUUCCCGUGCUAUGCAAGUGCCCUGUGGCUUGUCCCCCUGCCCCUAAGCAACCAGCUCAGCUGGGGAACCAGAGGAAGGUACACAGUGCUUAAGUGAAGGUCCUUCCUCCAUCUCAGAGACCCCACUUUCUCCUUUGGGGGUAUGAUGAGAAACCUGCCUCGGUCCAAGACCCUUCACUGGGGAGAGAAUCUGGAGAAGUGGGCCUAGGUCCAAGGAGCCAUCUCUGGUCCAAAGAAGGCUGUUUCCAUGUAUGCACACACCCCCCAUCAGUUUCCAGACACUGCCCCCCCGCCCUGCUGCAUUCUCUGUCCACCUGUCUUGUCUCUCUGUUAAUAAAAACUUGUUGAACAGUUCA